AUGCUGGACAAACUGUCUGGAACCUAUGCCCCCCGUCCCUCGCCCGGUCCCCACAAGCUCCGCGAAUCCCUCCCCCUCACCAUCUUCCUCCGCAACCGUCUCAAGUAUGCCUUGACCGGCCGUGAAGUUACCACGAUUGUCGCCCAGCGAUUGAUCAAGGUCGACGGCAAGGUCCGCACCGACAACACCUACCCUACCGGCUACAUGGACGUCAUUUCGAUCGAAAAGUCGGGCGAGCACUUCCGUCUCCUCUACGACGUCAAGGGUCGUUUCGUUAUCCACCGCAUCACUCCUGAGGAAGCUACCUACAAGCUCCUCAAGGUCCGCAAGACCGCCGUUGGUGCUCGUGGCGUUCCCUACAUUGUCACUCACGACGGCCGAACGAUCCGAUACCCUGAUCCUCAAAUCAAGGUCAACGACACCGUCAAGUUCGAUAUCACGACCGGCAAGAUCACCGAGUUUGUCAAGUUCGACACUGGUAACCUCGUCAUGAUCACUGGCGGCCGUAACAUGGGACGUGUUGGUACCAUCACCCACCGUGAGCGUCACGUCGGAGGCUUCGAUAUUGUCCACGUCAAGGAUGUCCUUGACCGCACCUUUGCCACCCGAAUUUCCAACAUUUUCGUUAUUGGUGAGGGCUCAAAAGCCUGGAUCUCGCUUCCCAAGGGCAAGGGCACCAAGCUCACCAUUGCCGAGGAGCGCGACCAGCGCAGGAGGCAGCGUGCCGCCGAGGCGUAA